UUGUUCUCUCCUCCCCUUUCUUUAAAAUGCAAAAAAUCUCGAUUAAAUCCAAUCCUUUCAGAGUCUCUCAUUCAAAUCUUAGUCACCCGCGAUGUCAAAUGCGGCGAUGACUUGGUAGCUAUUUUUCUACCACAACAGCAACCAUCUACAGCCUCAGAAGAUACUGCUGAAAAAAGAUAUCCAUGUCCCAAAUGUCAUAUCGCCAAGUUCAAUAACAUCGACAAUCUAACAGCUCACCAGAAAUUCUAUUGCAAAGGAAAUCAACGAGUCUUGAUAGCAGCACCUCCGCCGAGUUUUCUGCCAAGUAUCAACAGACAAGGAGGCGUUGCACCACAGAAUGUAAUUUUAGUGCCAAUUGCCUAUCAUGACCAUCAGCAUGAGAUGGUACAGCUCCUCGGACCUCCCCAGACCAUCGUUCCCGUUGCGAUAGGACGUCCUUCUGCCGCACCUAAUGGUAUUCCACAGCUGGCUAUACCUAUCACAGACCCUCUUUUGGUACAAAGAGGUCUCUGCGGAGCCGUACAGCCACCACCGCAAUUAAAAUUCGCCAUAGGUGAUUUAGCAGUCACUAUUCCUGUGCUACCGAUAGAAAUGAGGUAG